UGUGAUUGAUUGCCCACAAUGCAACAUGCGCACAGAAAGCCAUGGUUUCUCUUCCUGCUCAUGGUAGCUUCUGACCUGUGCUUCAUCCAGACGGUUCGCAACCGUGCACAUUCGAGCAUCGCCCUGAAGAGCAUUGGCAACAGUCAGGAUGGAAGACCAGCACUACGUCCUCCGUUUCGGUUCCACACAUUGGCAAGCGAGGCUGCUAUAAAAGAAGGUCUGGAAGUCGAGCAGUAUUUAUCCAAUGUAUUGCAACGGCAAGAGGACUUCAUGAAGACCAACGAAGUGGUUGACAGGGGCGAUUUUUUAGAGUCACUCCGGCAAGCAAUGCGCUCAACACAAUUUUCACUCGUACUUGGAGGGAAGAAUCUCGGCAAGACGCUGAUGCGCAAGCGAACCGUGUGCGAGCUUGAAAACGAGGCCAACGCAAACCUGACGUUCAUGGAUGUGAACAUGAGGGAGCACCCCAGCCAAGAACUUUUCAAGGCUAUCUUGGGCAGGGUAGCAUUCAAACGCUCUGAUUGGGCUGGAAUCCUGCAAAAGGUGGCUUCAAGCAUUGCCAGCCUUGCAGCGCCAGCCGCUGCAAGACCGAUAUCUGCUGCAGUAAAUGCGCUAGUCGACUCAUUGACAUCGAGUGACAGGGAGCAGACCUUGUUGGAGCUAAUAGACACCUUGCGCACCGAAGGCAAUGACACAUGCAUCCUCGUGGACGAGGCCAAUAUAGCAUUGCCAGCAAGUGAGGACCCGGAGAAUAUCCGCAAUGCGAGGCAAGCAUUGCAAUACUUCGUCAUGCUUACCAAGGAAGCAAAAAAAGCAGGCGUGGUGCUCAUCACUUCAGACUAUGGCUAUCCUUUCCGGCUUCAAAACUGCGGCAUGAGCCUGCAAGAUAUCCAACGCAUCAUCAACGUGAACGAAGUGGCCAAAGCGGACAUGCUGCAGCUCAUGGUGGACAGAUGGGGCAUGAGUGAGGACCUCGGAAAGGAGUUCUUCAGCUACUUCGGUGGAGACAUUUACACUUGCUCCGCAGCAGUGCAGCAGUUGGCAAGCAAGAGGAGUGCGUUUUGUCCAUUUUGCAUUGUGGAAUGCCCUGGCUUGCCAGCUUGCGCUGCUGACCCUGAUGCAAAGAAACAUUUGCAAAACAUGCUGGAACAGGGGUGGUCUCCAGUUUUCGAUCUUGAGCUAGAUGCUGCUGCAAGGUUCAUUGCAGAAAUGAACGUAGGUGGCAUCGUUAUGAAGAGGUCAAAGUAUUUUGACCAACCCGAAAACAUGUGGAAUGGAAAGCAUGAAUAUGCCCUUGUACCAUCGGGCACGCUGAUGAGAUGGAAGAUUGGGAAGGAGCUGAGCAUUGAGAGCAUGGGCAGCUUAGCUGAUGAACUUUGCAGGAAAAGUGUGCCUGUGCUAAGCUUUUUGGUCUGAGCCGUGGGCAUCACUUUACAGUCCAGAAUCUUCUGCUUUGCGUCGCAGGUUUGUAUGAUGAUAUAUGGCCCAUGGCACAUGUGAAGCAGACGUGCCUUUAAGCAGAUGCAAGCAAUCUUGCGAGGUCAUGUUGUUAUAUGGUAACGUCCAAGCGUCACUUUCCCGCUUCAGUUUCAAGCAACAUUUUUUGUUUGUUUUUUUGCGUGGCGCUGUCAGACCAAUUCCCUCCACAUCAUUUCUUGCCGUUCUUGUUCAUUGGCCUCAGCAAAAUCGAGCAAAAGAGGGCUUGACGCUUUUGACGCUUUUGACACGCUGUCAAAUGGGUUUCCCGGGACCCCAGAAGUCUGUCCCUUGGGCAGACCGAAGAUGUUUUUAUGGAGCGGAUGCCACUGCCCUGCCGAUUAUGCGAGUAUGGCCCCGUACGCUGCGUCGGGGGACAAAUGUACAAACUGAAGGAGAAGGGCUGUUAAUCCUUUUCGCGUCAUUUUGAAGCGGAUUGAGGGGUCGCUUUUGUGGCUCCAAGGGUUCCUGCUGCAUUUUAGCGUUCAGGACGCUUGCAGGAUGCCAGGAGCAUCACGGAGAGGCUUCAUUACAGUUUGCGAGAUUUGGAUAUGCCGAUGCAGGCGAUGCGAGAGAAUGACAAAGUGACACGUCGAAUGGACUGGGUCUGGCAUGAUUUUAACUUGGUGAAAGGUCAAAUCGCAGAAUGGGUUGGCCGCUUUCUGGUGAUUGAGAGGGCGGUGGAACAGUAAGAGAGAUCCGGAGCAGAUCCCGUUGAGAGUUGUGGAAGCAGCAGCAAGAUCUAUUCGGAUCACACAGCUUGGGCGGAUCAGCUACGCGCAAGGGUGUUGUACUACACGCGAGGAAAAUGGCCCCCGAGGCAGGAAUU